AUGUCUGCCUCGGCGGGGAAUAAUAUCGUCGCGGAUAUCAUCACCACUCGUCCGCCUCCAGAGGUCGUUGAGCCCGCUGGAGAGAACUCCUUCGCUGUAGCGGGAGAUCUGAGAGACCCUAAAAAUAUCUCCUAUGAGAUAAACUCUGACUCUUCGGAUGAUGAGCACCCAGCCCCGACAGAAGGGGAGAGCCUGACUCUCCGAAAGGUCGCUGAGAAUCUUCCGUUGGUGUCGUUUUCUCUGUGUCUGGUUGAAUUUGCCGAGCGUGCAUCUUACUAUGGCGCUAAGACCCUUUUCUCCAACUUCAUCCAGUUUCCCCUACCCGAAGGUGGAAACGGUGCCGGAGCUCCACCGCGUGGGACGCAAGGGACGGCUGGUGCGUUGGGUAUGGGUCUUCAAGCGAGCUCGGGGCUCACCUUGCUUUUCACCUUUUUGGCCUACGUUGUUCCGAUCUUUGGCGGAUGGUGGGCCGAUGUCCAUAUCGGUCGAUACAAGGCUAUCGUUAUAGGCGUGCUUAUUUGCGGCGUAGCCCACGUUAUUCAAGUCGUGGGUGCCAUUCCAUCCGUCUUGCAAAAGGGCAAAUCCAAUUCAGCUCCGCCAUUCAUCCUCGGACUUUUGAUCCUCGCAUUCGGUGCCGGAAUUUUCAAGCCCAAUAUUGCGCCGACGAUUCUUGAUCAGCAUAGGUACCAGAAGCCAUACACGAAGGUGCUCAAGUCUGGAGAGAAGGUCAUCGUCGACCCGGAGACUACGACCACGCGAACGAUGCUUAUCUUCUACGGAUUUGUCAAUAUCGGUGCUUUCUACAUGCUUGCAACGACAUAUGCAGAAAAGUACAUUGGCUACUGGCUGUCAUUCCUACUCGCAGGUAUCAUCUACUUCUUACUCCCGGUUCUCUUGUUACUAGUCUACAAAAAGACGUACAGAGCGCCACCACAGGGAAGCUCGGAACUUGGCCGGUCAUUCCGAAUCAUCGGCUUUGCACUUCGAAAAAGUAACUUUCAGCCAUGGCGCAAGGGCUUUUGGGAUGCCGCAAAACCGUCCAACUUGCAUACUCAGGGUAUCACUGUCGAAUGGACUGAUAAGCUAGUCGAUGACGUGCGCAGAACCGUCGCUGCUUCUGAAAUAUUCUUUUACUUCCCUAUUUGGAUCCUCAACGACGGUGGCAUUGGUUCUGUUCAGACCAACCAAGGUGCAUCCAUGAUUACAAAUGGGGCCCCAAAUGAUCUUUUGAGCAAUUUCAACGCCUUAACCAUCAUCGUGUCCGUUCCGAUCCUCAGCCAUGUGAUUUACCCGGCUCUAGCCCGCUACAACAUCAGGUUCGGCCGAAUUAGUCGCAUCACAUUUGGAUUCGUUCUGGCAGCUAUCUCAGGCCUGAUCGGCGCCAUUGUUCAGUGGAAAGUGUACACUCUCUCAGAAUGUGGAUACUAUGCAUCUACGUGUGAAAAUGUCGCUCCUAUCAGUAUAUGGUGGCAGAUCCCCAACACUGUUCUCGGUGCAUUAAGUGAAUGUUUCUGCAACGUGACGGCAUAUGAGCUUGCCUACGCGCGCUCCCCCGACAGUAUGAAGGGGUUGGUGAUGGCCAUAUUUCUUUUCAUGAACAGUCUAUCCAGCGCACUGGGCGAGAUUUUAAUUCCGGUCACCCUGGAUCCACAUCUCAUUUGGAUCUGGGGCGCGCCAGCUGUCGCAUUAACCCUUCAGACUAUUUUUUUCUGGUUCCGCUUCAGACACUUGAAUGACGAUGUCUUCAUGACACGCGAAGAAGAUUAUGGUAGCCAAACAUCUUUGCACCGAGAGACGCUUGAGCGAGAAAAGGUUGAAUCCACGGCAUAG